GGGAGGAAUGCCUGCAUUAAGAUUUAAAACUUGUCGUCUACUUGAAGGAAAUGUUUGGAACAGGGAACUUACAAUAAUACAACGCCGCAUUCUUCGAAGAUUGAGGAACAAGACGAGAUCUGUUAAGAGAAUGAUUUAUUCUCGAAAAAAUCUGAAUAGUUACAUCUUGUUUGCUGUAGGAUCCGUCUUUUUGGUAUUUUCCGCUUCGUACUUUCCAUGGGGCUUCAAGAUAUAUUCGUUUUUCAUGGGAUUACACCGUGAUCUUAGGUGUAUAAUUUUUUCCUUACUUUUUUCGUGCGCUCUUUCUUUAUUCAAGUGGCGGUCGUAUUUCCAAGUUUACUAUGGGUCCCUUUUCCUAUGGAUCUUUUUGUUGAUAGUAGCGGGGGGCAUUUCACAUCCUGUCAUAGCCUGGUGUGACGCGGGGAACCCCUCCCCCCCACUUAGUCCACCGGGGCAGCCUCUUCCUCAACCGGAGACGCCGCCCGCACCUGCCCCUGUCCCCGUCGUGAUCCCACAAUUGCCCCAACCUCUACUCUCUGAUGAAGAGAGAAGUAGGAUCCUCUAUCAGAGGUACUUGAUCAACAAUUGGGGAGGGAACGACGACCUUGGACGUAUGGUCUCCACUAUAAACGCUCAAUUGCUAGUGGAACGAUACGUAGAAGCUGCCUUGGUGAGUGAUGGGUUUCAUCCCCAGGCCAUACUCAACGAGUACCGGGACAUCCGGGGCUCCCUGCAUUCUCCACAAGGGCAUCUUUUGAGUGUGCGUACGUAUGAAUCGUACGUCACUCAAAUUAGAGAACUUGGAACCCGGGAGAGCGUGCCGUAUCGGCGUGUUCUAAGAGCAAUCAAUCACGAUCUGCUUUUACCACGUCGGAUCGGCAACAGGUGGGUUUGAGGACGGACCGUCAAACUCCAAAAGUCAUUUUGUUUCUGUUCCUAUAUAUACGGGUCCGUGCAGCAUUUCCACGAUAUCGUUCUGUGGGCGUGCUAUUCCCCCAGAGGUCAUCCAAACCUUCUUCUUCUUUACAUUGCAUCGCUUGGCAUCCUAGCCGUUACUAGAUACUGACUCAUUCGCCUUGUUACCCACAACGUUCGCUAGCAUCAAAUUACCCUCCCUCAGGAGUCCAGAUCUCAAAAGAAAGGACGAUUUUCUUUACCCUUCUCAAACUCUAAAGUGCUAGGAUAUCUAACCGGUUAUCAAAAGUGCAGGGCGUAGCUACUGGCCUUGAUCAGACCCACAGGACACUCAUGGAAUGGUAUUGAUUCGAAAGAAGGUAUGACAUAUUAUACAUAAGUUAGCAAUGGUGUUCUCAAUCAGGGACUUCAUCAAUCGGGGCGAGAGGGAGCUGCUUCGAGGAGGCGACACCCACUAGUUUUGUCCGGGUCAAACUCUCCCCAAAGCAGGUAGGUGAGAAGGGCUCGGCUCCAUGCAGGUCUUUCACCAACGGCUGGCACUGAAUUAGCGCGAUGCGAAAGAGUCCGGGCUUAGUCGGCGGGGAUAAGAUUCUAUUCUCGGAGUCAGAACUACUCCUAUGCAAGGCUGUCGUCUCAUGCUACUAGGGCACGCUCCCUUCCCUAAAAGAGGACAGCCCGAAAAGCAGGAAACUCAAAACAGCAACUCACAAUUGCAUAAGUGAUCACUGAAACUUUGCACUUUGAAAAGACCUGCAUCUGAGAGGGCUCCUGGACUAACUUGGAAGGGUGCAGCUAAUUUGAAGUGCUAAGACAAGAAAACAGGGAUGUGCCUGGCUCAGUUUCUAGUAUGUGCCCAUAUUCAAAAUUAAGACUAGGACAUGAAUACUAGGCUAUGAUAUUGUUUUAUCAAGAAGGAAUCGAUAAUCAUAGUGGGCAUCUUUCUCCCUUCUUUCUUUUCGGGUUCAAUAAGUCUCUCGGGCGGGCGAAGGAGAUGCAUUUCUGGUACUGGUGGUAUUGGACAAGAAAAAAGGGAAUCAUUUCUUUCUUCUUUCUGCCUUUCUUUCCCAUGACGACUAGGAACGGGCAAAUCAAAAAUUUCACUUCGAAUUUCGGACCUCAACAUCCUGCUGCUCAUGGUGUUUCACGAUCAGUAUUGGAAAUGAACGGAGAAGUGGUGGAACGUGCGGAACCACAUAUUGGAUCACUCCAUAGAGGGACCGAGAAAUUAAUAGAGUACAAAACUUAUCUUCAAGCUUUACCUUAUUCUGAUCGUUCAGACUAUGUUUCUAUGAUGGCCCAAGAACACGCUCAUUCUUCAGCCGUAGAGAGACUUUUGAAUUGCGAGGUACCAUUACGAGCUCAAUAUAUACGAGUGUUAUUCCGUGAAAUAACUCGAAUUUCAAAUCAUUCACUUGCUUUAACUACUCAUGCUAUGGAUGUGGGAGCAUCAACUCCGUUCCUGUGGGCUUUUGAGGAGCGGGAAAAAUUGUUGGAAUUCUAUGAAAGAGUCUCGGGAGCCAGGAUGCAUGCCAGUUUCAUACGACCAGGUGGAGUGGCACAAGAUCUGCCUCUUGGCUUAUGUCGA